ACAAGAAGGAGGCUAUGAGCACGGCGGACACGGUCCUGUCAAUCAACGUCAAGAUGUCCCCAGGGCCGGACCAUCGUCAGGAACCGGUUGCACCUGACAAAAGCAACACCGAAAACAGUCGAACAGAAAUCGGCAACGAUUCGGUUACCGAAAGUACUAUACUUGGCACGACAGAGGCCUUGGUAGUUCAGAAUAUUAAUCUCGAAGCGACUGGCACGCGUAUUGAAACGAUCUCUGAGCCUACGAACGGUCAAGGUACAACACCUAACAGCGGCUCUGACAACAAACAGGAAGAACCAACAACUCUCUCUACUUUAAAUGAAGGUGAAUUGCGUGCCCUACUAGAUGAAGCCAUAACUUAUAAAUGUCCUAAAGAUCGAGAAGGAAAAUCCAACCUAUUCAAGGAACUUUUACAAGAAGCUGAAGCUGAUGAGACCGAAGAAGGUCGUAGGGUAGUGACUAAUUCACGCUGUCUCCCUGGAUCUACUCGUAGAAGGCAUAAACGAGAUUCUGUAUCAGAACGCCUCACACACGGAGGUUCUUUACAGAAUUUGGCACAACCUAUUGCAUCAGAGUUUGAUAGUAGUUUUGCUUAUCUAACAUCUGGUUCUAGCCACACUUACGGAAGUGGCAAGAAAAAGAAUAAGAAAUACACAGGUCCUAGUGUUUCUGCUAGAGAAAGAGAAGGUGGAUCACUACCAUCUAAUGUUAAUGCAUCCCACAGCCUUGCCUCUUUGGCUAACCUUGAUCUCAUAUUUGACAACAAGAAGGGCUUUUCUGAAGAAAGAACAGCAUAUGAUUGGACUAACAAGGAGAAGUCAAAAUCUUUAGAUAAGUCAUCGAGUGUUUCAUCAAAAAAAGAAGAAAAAGAGAAAGAUAAAAAGGAUAGUAAAAGGGAUAGUGUCAGUGGAUUUUAUGAAUCUGAAAGUGAAUUACGCGAGAAGAAAAGUAGUAAAGGAAAAUACGGGACAAAUGAAAUGCUUGAAUCAGAUAAUCCACCACCAGAGUAUAAGUCAGAUUACACAGUUAUUGAUUUAAGUUAUGUUGAGGUAGGUGCUAUUAGUGAACGGAAUGUUGGAUCUACAAUAAGUGGGGUACAGCAAAGACCUCAUCCAUUAGAUACAGAAGAUGAGGGAAUUGAAAUGAAAAUUAUUGAACCACGUAGACAAUUUAUAGCACGUGCUACUGUUGAUAUAGCUCAAACUCCUGUAGAUACCACGAUAAAAUUUCCGAUUUGUGAACAUAACGGUAAACAGGAUAAAUCAAAAAUAUCAGUUAGUGCAGAGGUGACGGGUGCCCUUCCAUUUCAAACUUAUAACAGUGCGAAAUGUGUUAUUGGUGGUUCAGGAAACAAUACUAACAAUAGUCAAGGAAAAGGAAUCUCAAGUUUAUGUUCCAUGAUGCCAGCUUCUUGGCAGAUUCAAAAUAAUGCAAUAGAACUUCCAAGAUGUACAACACAGUAUGCCAUAAUGAAAGAUGCGACUUCAUCCGGGGAAAAAAAAUCUCUUGAUGAAAAUGGUAAUGCUGUACAAAGUUAUAAUGCAGAACGAAAGAAACGCGGAAAGAAACACACCCAGGAACCUAAUGUUAUUGUUUAUAAUGCCGAAAGCGUUGUAGGACAUCGUAAUGAGGAUGAUAUUGAUAGUUUACUUAACUUCAUAGAAAGCAAAGAAUCUAAAGGCAAAAAAAAUAAAACUGGUAAUCCUGUUAGAGUGAAAUCUAGUUCUGGAACAAAACCAAGAACGAGAGAAAAGGAUUCUAAAAGAGAACAAUUAUCGGCCAAGUUACAAAAAUCCAAUUCUUUGGAGGAAAUAUCAAAAACAAAACUCGAGGACCUCACUACAGAAAAAAGUAUUAGUUCUAGUGGCACUAGCAGUAUCUCCAGUCAGCAUAGUACAAUAAAUGUGGCACUACGUCGUGCAAAACAAAGAAGUACAGGCGAUGCUGCGGUAGAUUGUCGUGGUGAUAGACGUUCUUGGGGAACGGAAGAGGGUCAGUCUAUAUAUUGCAAUGAUACUGGAGACGAUUAUACUAGUCGUCGAAAUUCAAACAAGAAAAUUAAUCCAGAACCAGAAACAGAGCCAGACUUUCUAAUAGUUACUAAGAAGAAGAAAACUAAAAAACAACGUAGAAGUUCCAGUGGUAGUAGAGCACAAAACUUAUCAACAGCUGGAUCAUAUUUACAAAAUACAAGAGGAUUUUCUAACGAAUAUAGAGCACCACUUUCGCCGGAGCUCAGAAGAAAAUCUGCAAGCAGUAUGCCGCCAAGUGACAAAUCGGAUAGUAGCGACUUGGACUCGGUCCAUUCGUUACCUGUCACAUCGAAUACCUCGAAACAUAAUUUAUCAAAGACAGCAACCUCUUCUGGAGGAACACCACAAGCAAGUUAUGCGGAUAUAGCUCGCAUGGCCACAAUGAAUAUGUCACAUAAUUCUGUUUUAAAUAUGCCAGUAAUGGUCCCAAGCAUGUUAAAUACGGCAUCUUGGCCAAGAGUUCCACCUAAAACUCCCUCGGAACCAGACAAAUUACCUCAAGAUUAUUAUCCAAGUUUGGAUGAAUUACAACACUCUGAUAGGAAACCGAAACAGCAUGGUUUUGCACAUUCGAAUCAUAUGCACAAUGUUGGUCUUACUUUCGAAAAACCACCAUCGCCAACUUUAUCAAAGAUUAAAAAUUCGUCAGAUCAAAAGAAGGCAGAAGCUCAGGAAGAGGCAAUUAAUAAAAAUAUGCAAGUUUUCAAGUAUGUCCAGGAUAUAGAGAAAAUGCAGCGAAGUUUAACGCAACAAGAACCAAAACAUAUGAACUUAAUUAAUUGCAAUCCUCAUUCAAAUGAGACACCAAAUGCAAUUCAACCUAAAUUAAAUAAUACAGCAGGUUGUAAUCCAUUUGACUCAGAAAACAACAAUCCUAAUUAUGCUAAUAACAAUAAGGAUGUUACGAAUGUAAAAGUAAAUAAUCCUCGAAGUAGGAGAAGUUACUCGCAAAGUAAUCAAAAUAUUCAAAAUCAACAAGAAGAAUUACACUAUAGGAAAACUGGAUAUCAAGAUGAGAAUGUUAAGAAAAUACAUAACGCAGAUAGUUCUGUUGUAUAUUGUGAAACCAAAGUUAACGUAAUAGGAUCGAUAAUAGAUGAUAAUGAGGCACAAAAACUUAAAGGAUCGAAUAAUCCAAAGCCGACACAUGAAACACAGAGUGCCGACGUAGACUCUGUUAAAACACACAUGAAAAUGGAUAAAAUGAUAAAAACUGUGAAAGAGCAAUCUGGAAAAUCUGGAAUCGUGCUAUCUUACAAUACGAAGCAUGAUAAUCAAGAUGAUAAUGGAAAUAAAAAGACAAAAUCAUUAAUGUCUACUACAACGGAAAAUGAACAACCACAAAAAUCCAUAGAAACACAAGGAUCUACAAAGAAGAAUAAUACUUCUUCUAGACCUGCAGUUAUCUUGUUAGAUGAAACAUCAGACUUUAUGAAAGGUAGUGAUCUACCAACAGAGUUAACUUUUGGAUUUGAGAUUAAUGAACAACUUUUACUCUCCGAAGAUUCUGUGGAAACUCCACCUGCCAAUCCUACAUUUCCUUCCUUGGUUCAACCACUUCUUAAUAAACCACCUCCGAAUUUCGACAGGGCUCCUGCUCUCUACGAUAAACAUGUGAGAUACGAUAAAUUUCCUCCAAAUUUUCAUAUGCAAUCGCCUAACGCUCACGUGGCCCAGCAGCCUGUACAUUCUGUUAUGGUUCCAUCUUUAACAUAUAUUGGAUAUCCAACAAGGUUUCCACCACCAAUGUUUUCACCGCCACCACCACCUCCGCCACCUGUCAUCAUAGAGAAAUACAAUCAUCAACCAAAGGAAGAUUUUUCGAUGCUAUAUGUAGCACCUGAAGAAGAUGUGAAUAUACAGAAUUAUAAUCACGAUAAAAUAGUCUCAUUUGUUGGAUUAGCGUGGGAUGCUGUUAUGAGAGAGACAGCAGAAACAGGCAGAAUACAAUAUUACAGUGGACAGUGAAAUGGACUUAAUUCUAUAAACAAAAAUAUACUUAUACAGUUUGAUAUGAGUGAACUAUUAUCUACGUAUUAUUACAUUCGGAAAAGCUAUUUAACUUAAAUACCAGAUAACAUAUUUGAAAAGGUUGAUGUAAUGGAUAGAAAUAUUUCUAAAAUCUGAUCAGGAUUUUGGUAAAAUGCAUCAACUGUUGUCUGAAACUGGAUUUCAUUAUUAAUAUUAUACCAGGAAAGCCAAACGGCGCAGUGUGCCUCAAGAGAUAAUAAUGUAAAUAGGUCAGUUACCAAAAAAAAAAAAGAAAAAAAUGGAGACUGCAAAGGAUACAUUUUUCAUCUAUGUACAUAAAUUAUGCUUACACAAACUUUUGCAAAAACGAUAGCAACAUAUGAUUCAUAAUAUUCACACAUAAUGCCAUCUUUGACUGGAAAUGAUGAAUUAAUAUAACAAGAAGUGUAUGUUGCUCCUCUCUCAUGAAAAGAAGGUAAUUCUUGUAUUAUUUAAGCCAUAUACAUAUAUAUGUGUGUGUGUGUAUAUAUAUGUAUAUGUAUUACGGUCGUGCAUAUGGUUUAGAGAAGUAUCCUUGGGGCACCAUCUAAUAAACAUAUGGCUUCAAGAAUUGCAUAAGAAUAUGUUAAUGGAUUUAAGACGAUUCAAAAUUAUAUUGCAAUCAAGCAAGUUUAAGAUGCUUACACUGCAAGAACUGUUUAAUGCUGAUGCCUUUAAAAAUUACAGAUUUGUCAUUUUAGUGCAUCAUAUAUAAAAACUCUAUGGUUAAUUUAUAAAUAAUGUGUUGCAUUAACUAUCCAACUGUCUAACCAAGAUACUCCAUUGAACUGUUAUCAAGCAUCUACCAAUGUCUUGAUAUCUUGCGAGCUGGAAUGACCUAUUUGUACAUGGACGUGGGGUGAUUGAAGUGGUUAGUGGGUUUUCAUCAAAGCACUAGGAAUAAAAAAUGAAAAUAGUGAAAAGCUAGAAGCAUAUACUUUAUUUGAAACAGCAUCAUGGAAAGUAAAGGAAAUUAUAAACAGUGUAAAGUGUAUUAGGAAAAGUAAACAUAAGGGUGACAUUAAAACAUAUGUGUAACAUAUUAAAACAGUGUGAUUAACUUGAUAUGGAGUUAUAUAUACUCCGUGAAGUGGUUACUUCUUCCAGCUGUGGCAGAUGAUAAUUUAAGAAAGUAUCAUAUAAAUUGGUUUUCGAAAAUGAUGCGCUCCAGUUGAACUGAUUCUAUGCAGUGAUAUUUCGAGAGUGCGAAUGUGUCGAAACUCACUAAAUUUUUACACACAGACUCGCUUAUGUAACAAAUAACUAAUCAUUAAUUAUCGGUAAUGAUAAUUGUAAUAAAAUACUUGCUUGUGAUCAUAAAAAUUGAGGGUGUGAAUGCAUGUAGUUUACCUAGGUAAUCUUUUAUUUUAUUGGUAGAUUUCAUUAGUGGGAUUGCUGUACACAAUUGUGUGAUAAUUAUAUAUGAAAAAUAAUUGACUUAAGCACUUUAUAGAAAUUGUGCAGUAUAUUCCAAAAUUUGAGUGUGUUUCUAAUUAAGAUUAUAAUUAUAUAUAUAUAUAAGUCUGAAAUAUUAAGCAUUAAAUUUAGAAUGUCAUAUUUUGUAGUUUUCCUCAGAUAUUAACUUCUUGUUAUGUUAAAGUAGUAAUCAUCUGAAAGAGUAAGAGAUGUGUUCCUAAAAAGAUCCAAAUAUUACAAAAAAAUUACCAUUUAUAUAUAUUCUUGUAUAUUAUAUAUGAACAUGAUAUAUAAUUUUUUCAUUAAAAAAAAAUAAUGCUUUAUUUUAAUUUUUCUUAUAAAUCUUCGAUUUCACAUAUAUAAAAAUAAUAUUUUUUACUUAAUAUCAAAUUUGUUUACUUUUUUGUUACACUACUUUUCAUAUAAGUCCACGUGAUUAAGCUGCGUAUGAUAAAUGCAUUUAUAUAAAAUGAUAAUACGUAGCUUGCGGUUAGGUGUGGAUUUAUAGUUCUCUUGCUCAAGCUCCAAGUUACUAUUAUACUUUUUUUUCUUUUUUUAUGACAAUGGUACUUGUACUGCAGUGGUUGGUCAUUUGUGAUCAUAAAUAUUUGCCAUAAUGUAAAAUAAUUUAAAAUUAGUGAUCCUUUAUAAUCAGUUUCAUAUAAUCUAAAUAAUAACAAUUUAUCUAGUAGUUUAGUUGUGACAGCAAUCUUUCUAAUUGAAUAUAGAAUUUAUGGAUGAUUGUGAGGAUUAUAUUAUAAGUGGUAAUAACUAAAUAACAUAUUACCAAUGAUAAGUUUCAUAUGAAAGCAUGAUGAAUAUCAUCUAUUUAGUAUUAAUGAGAUUUGAUCACUAUUAAGAUAUAAGAUUAAUAACUUUUGUUAUUGUUUUUUUCGUAAUAUCGAAAUUAUGUAUGAGAGUGAAAAGAAAAAAAAAGAACUUUGUUGAUAUUCUUUUUUAGUUUGUUCGAUAAUAUAGCCCAGCUGGGGGUGCAGCUUUGAACUAGCAAAGAGAGUUUAAGUAUUUAGUAUGAGAAAUAUAAAUGCAUAUUGGAUAAUUAGCAAAAAGAAAAUAUAAUCUUCUCUAACAACAAAAUUAUAAUCGUACAUGUAAAUAUACAAUUGUACAUCAAACUAUCGCAAAUACAGGAUUUUUAAUGUAGACAAUAUUGCAGCAAUUAAUCUUAUCGUAUAACACGUUUUGUGUAAAUAUUGCACAAAAUCAUUUUGACCAAUAUAUAUAUAUAUUCCAUUUUGUUUAAACAUGGUAAAAAUACAAAGAAAGUAUUUUCGCGUUCGACAUUAUACUGAUUUUUAGUUGGACUUGUAUGUAUCACAUUUAUUAUUUAUGUUUCACGAAAUGCUUUUAAAAUUCUACACACACAUAUAUAUAUUAUGUUAAUUCUAAAUUCAUAACAUUUAUUAAUAGUUUUAAUUGAUCAAUUUAUCAUUUUAAACCCCCAAGACUUCAAGGAGUUGAGUAAAUUUAAUAUGUGUCGUUCAGAUGGGAUAAUAUUUUCUUUGACAAACUUUAAUCCAAUAUGCAUAAAACUGUUCAAGUCAGGUGCUCCAUCGCCUUAAAAUAAAGUAAAGUAAAAUAAUAGAUAACAAUAUCAGCUCGUGCCAUUGACCGGUUCAAAUGGCUAAAAAUAACAAGAUUCACACAGAGUAGUUACAUUAAGGAAAACAAGCAGAUGUACUUCAUGAGAAAAAUAGGACCAUAAAAUAUGUAAAUAAUUUAGCGUGGGGAGGCAGCUAUGCUAAACUACACAUUGCAUCCAAAAUACACAUAUUUUAAUAAUUUCGUUAAAUAUGCGAAAAAGGCAGAAAUAAAAGAAGUCGCCAUGUAGGCCGAAAUAUAUAUAUAUAUAUAUAUAUAUAUAUAUAUAUAUAUAUAUAUAUAUACACUCACAUAUAUAUAUAUAUCUUUGUUUCCAAAUCUACAACUAAUGAUCGUUGUUAAGAGAUAUUGACUAAUGAUUAAAGAUCUAUGUAAACACAGAAAGCAGCGAACUAUUUCUCUUUACUAUCACUAUUCUUUAACAGUGUAGGCAAAAGUACAAAUGCUUUAUUUUCUUAUACGUUUAGGCUACUCGCAUUUAUUCAGAAAUAUGUGGCCUACGCAUUAUUGUUCAUGCCAUUGAUCUUUUAAAUGUAAAUGAUUUUCUUUGUUUUUUUCUUUUUUAAGACAUAGCAAUUUGUCACACAUACACAGAAUCGAUCAUUUUGCACUUAGAGUCAAAGUUCCCGCAUUAUUAUUUUAACUAAUUAUUACAGUGCGUUAAAAGAACUUUCGUCGUUUUAUAUACAUCACAAUUGUGCGAAGUUUAUCGUCGAAGAUGUUUUGAAAGUUCGUGAAUAUUAUCCAUCUUUAAAAUUCUUCCCUCCUUUUAUUAUUAUUAUUAUUUUUAUUAUUAUUAUUAUUAUUAUUAUUAUUAUUAUUUCGUUUUUUGGAUAACUUUGUACAUGCAUAUCGUACUUCAUUAGACGUUCCUUCCAAGAUAUGCUUCGUCUGUAAGGAUUGGAUUUAAAUUCGAUUGUACGAUGAUAUAUGCGCGAAUACAUAUAUCGCAAUCCUGUAAAAAGAAUUAGUAAAAAUCGAGAGAAGUUCGGUUACGAUCGAGAUGAAAGGUCCGACCCGCGAUCUCAUUGUUAGCCUUGUAUCACUGUACAAUUUGUUAUUCGACGUGAUGAGCGAUUUUCUGUAUUGUAUAUAUAUAUACAUUUAAUAACUAUUAUUAUCAUUAUGAAAACUACUCGAUUACUAUAAAUUAGAUUGGUAUGGAAUAGCGAUGAACGACGAAUGAGAGAAAUGACGAAAGAGAGAGAGAGAGAGAGAGAGAGAGAGAGAGAGAGAGAGAGAGAGAGAGAGAGAGAGAGUUAACGCAGUGUGAUUGUGUGAGAAAGAAAGAAAACAAAUAAUUUGUGCAAAAGAGCGCAUUGGGAAAAGGCUGUGCUGCCCAGCUGAGAAAAAAAAUAUAAAUAUAUAUGCGAGAGAGAAAGAAUGUUAUUGCCAAUUAUUAGUAUGUUGCCAAAGUUCCCUUUUCGUGGGUAUAAAGUGCGUUGUGAAGCAAUAUAUCCGAGAUAAAUCAUUUUUCUUAUCUUAUCAGAUGUCAGAAUCUACCAAAUGCGAGGAUACGACUGAUUAUUUCAUUAAUCAAUUACUCAGAUUAAUUUAUCGAAAAUAUUAAUUGCUUUAUAUUUAUAUUAUAUUAUCUUUCGUAAAGCAUUUUGUUUUUGUUUUUUUUUCGUCGUUCAUUCGUUCGUUCGUUCGAAAGAAAAGCAAUAUUUAUUUUCCGUGAAUAACUUAUUUUACGAUUUUUAUCGGCCUGUUUUCCUCGUGUUUAUGAUUAAGAAAAAAGAAAAAAAUCUUGGAAUUUUGCUUGACACAUGCUAUACACGUAUGCAGGUGGUGAUGCGUGUCCGGAUGAUGAUGAUAUGAUGAUGAUGAUGAUGAUGAUGAUGAUGAUGAUGAUGAUGAUGAUGAUGAUGAUGAUGAUGAUGAUGAUGAUGAUGAUGAUGAUGAUGAUUCGUCGUCUUACGACGCGAACAUAUAUAUAUGUAUAUAUGUAUAUGUUUCUUAUAUGUAUAUGUAUAUAUGCGUAUAUAUAUGCAUGUAUAUGUAGAUACUUUAAUAUUCUCUAUAGAAAUCAGAAUAUAUGUAGUGUGCUAUUGUCGAAAGAAAAAAAAAAAUUAAGAUCGCUUAUACGAUCGAAAAAGAAAAAAAGAAAAUAUUCAUUUAUAAUACAUAUUCUCCGGACAUGCGCGAGGACACCGACAAAAAACAUCGCUUAAUAUUUUGUUACUAAUAUUAAAAUAAAAAAAAAAUAAUAAAAAUAAAAAAAAGUAACUCACUUUAUGCAAAGCUGUCAUGGACCAUGGAUGUAAAGAGUGUCAUUGCCAUGAGAUACAUAUGUAAAAAGUUAAGAAAAAAAGUUAAAAAGUCGUAAACGUAAGGGAGAGAGAGAGAGAGCGUUGUGCGAGUGUGUCUUUCAUGCGCGAGAAAGACCGAUAGAAAAAUAAAUAAAUAUACAAAAAAAAAAUAAAAGAAAAAUGAAAGAAGGAAAGAGAAGAGUGUGAAGUGAGUGAGAAGAGUGUGUGUGUUUAACUCAACGUUCAAUGCUUCUUCUACGAACAGGAAAGUCCUCCUCGGAUGUGUAUACCGAAGCGUGUAUGUGUAUAUAUAUAUAUAUAUAUAUAUAUAUAUAUAUAUAUAUAUAUAUAUAGCGUCGCCAUUUGGCCUUUUAUGCUGUUCUAUCUGCGAUUUCAUAUAAGCUUUGCGUACGGUACUGUGAUAAAUACAUCGUUGUUGUUUCGUUUCCUUUUCGUUGCGUGCGUGCGUACGUACGUACGUACGUGCGGCGUCGUGCGUGCGUGCGAACUUACAUUUAGUACGUAUUCAUAUAUUAUUAAUGCGAAAAAUAAGAUUAUACAGUGAAUGUGAGUGUGUGAGAAAGUGUGAGAACGAGAGAGAAAGAGAUGGAGGGAGAGGAAAAAACAUACAUCCAUCAUACAUGCAAAAAUGAAAAAAAAAAAAAAACUAAAA